GGUUACCAAGGUCUCAGGAGAGGCUGUGUGAGGGACUCCUGCUGAGCUGCUGGGGUGGCAAGAUGAGCCUGGCUGUCCUGAGGGCUGCCAAGUAGUCAUCUGGUACCACUUCCCAGGAGUGAGGCAGGUCUUCAAAAGGUGGCACCAUGGGGGUCACAACAUCCAGGCCUUCAUGCUCCUGCUGCUGCUGUUUCUUCAACUGUGUUGGCAGAUGUUUACUCAGGCUGAUACUUGGGGUAGUGUACUACUUUCAAUGGGAUGUGCCAUCUGUGGAAAGAGGCCAGAUACACCAGGAAGGUGAACUGAAUACUAAAAUUGUGAUGGGCACCGUGACAAGUUUUGGGAAUGAUUAUGGCUGGAUCGAAGACUGUAUCUUCUUCAGCUCUGAUGCUAUAAUUGGUUCUAUUCCCCUGCGUACUGGAGACAAGGUCCUUGCAUUUGUGGAGGAAGACCCACUCUCCCAUGAAUUGAAAGCAACAGAAGUUUGUGUUUCCUCAGAAGAGGGUGUGUCUAAGGACGCUGACUCCAAGGUCAAAGAUUUAUCUGUUUGUGUUUCCCAAGUGAAGAAAAAUUUUAUCUAUAUUGGUGAUGAAUACUACUUCUAUCUAGACAGCAUUUCUAAAGCCAUCUUAGGUUUUACGCCUCGUGAAGGGGACUGGUUAGAUAUUGAAUACUCUGUGGAGCAAGGAUCCCCCAAGAUCACAGUGCACUCAGUGAAGGCCACACAACGUAGGCAACUGGAAGAGGUGUGCGUGACCAGUAUCCACAAGAGAAAAGGAAUGUUGAAUCACACAAUCUUUUUCACCUUGGACUCCCUGAAUCUUCCCUUGGGAUACACCCCUAUUCUAGGCCACAUGGUCAACGUGGUGAUAAUUCAGAGCACCCAGCAAAAUUACAAGUGGAGAGCAAUCUCCAUGACCCCAAUUUCACCAACAGUAGUGGGCAUAGGCCCUAGGAAUUCCUCCUCAUUGUUAUUUUUAUACCAAUAGAGGGCCUCAUUUAGUGCAAAUGCUUAGGUUAGGAACUCUAAAGAAAAUGUCAAACAUGAACUUUCAGGACAACAGAGUGCCUUGGUCCAUCUCCAGAGGGUUUGCCUCAUUGUGAGCAGGGGGCAAUCAUCCCAUGCUAGACUCUGAACUUACUAAUCAUCGUCUUCUGGGGAAAGAAUCCCAGACAACCCUCUGCCUGCAGUGAUAGAUAACAAGGGCAGAGUUCAUGUUGUUAAUUUUAAUAAAUGAAGUUUUGGCGCAGCCACAAUGCUU